AAAGCUUUAGUAUUGAAAUGGAUUUAAUAAAUAAGACAGGAAAUUAUUUAUUUCCCAGGACACGAAAAGUUUCGUUAUUUGUUUGUUUGUUUGUUUAUUGCAUUUUGUGCAAAACUACAAAUAAAACAUAAGUGUUAGGUUUGUGAAAUCACAAUAUUUUCUUCAUCUGUUGACCGUGGCUACCGUCAGUUGAGUGUUUAUUUUUAACAAAGAAAAUGGAAACCUUGUCACAGCGAAUUUCAGCGGCCACUUUUCAGAGCCUUAAACAAAUACAGGAGAAGAACACUCAGCUUAGUAUAGAGACUGACAAGAUUUUUGAACAGAAAGAUAGCUUCAGAAAUCUACAAAAGGAACUUGCCUGUCUUGAAGAAGAAAACUUAAGAUUGAAGCAGCAGUUUACAAGUAUUUGUGAAAUGGAGCAUAAACUGGAAGAAGAUGUCAAAGAUACUACAAAGAGUGUAAUUCCUGAAUCUUUUGCUAACCAAGUAGUUCAAACCCAGAAACUGGAAGAAAUCCUUUAUGCUUUUAGAAUUGGAACUGGAAUCACAGUUCUCAAAGUGAUGGAUAAAGUUGCUCGUGUACAGUUUGAUAUUUCUCUUGAUUCUUGUUACAUGGAAAGUCUUUAUGCUGACUUUGAUGUAAGCUCUGAGCACCCAAGAAUUUUAGAGAGCAAUUUUCCAGUAUUUAUUCCUCUUGGUGUAGUUUCUGAAAAAUGGAAGGAUGAAAAAGACAUAAAAUUCUUCAUUCAAAAAGUGUAUUCUUUAUUAAAAGCUUACUUUUCCAGAAAGAAUCAAGUUCAGAUUCUCCAGGAAAAUGUUGGGGAGUUUCUUAGGUGGCCUGUUCAUGCCUCCAUGUCUUAUGACUUCUUGGAAUUUUCUCCAAUGAUUGACAUUCCUGAGGAUCUGUAUGGUACUGUAGCUCUCAAGCUAAAGUAUGGUAUCUCAGAAUGUUUCCCUAAAGAUGUAGAAGUAGAAAUCCAAGCCAGCAAGGUCAAGAGGGUGAUUUUGAUGCUUGAGCAACCCAGGAUUUCCAUAUCACUGCUCAGGAUUUAACAUCCUGGAAAGGAAACUCCAGCAUUGCAUGACAUCUUCUCAUUAUUGAAUCAAAGAAGAUUGAGAUGGCUUGGACACACUAGGCACAUUAAAGAAGAAAAAAUCACCAAAAACAUCUUGUAUAGUGAGCUGAGAUAAGAAAAAGAACAGUUGGAAGUCCCCAUCUACACUACAAGGAUGCUUGCAAAAUGGAUAUGAAAUCUUUUGAAAUUUGUGUUGACAACUGGGAAGAAGUAGCAGAAAAAUUGCAGUGCUUGGAAAAGCUGUGCAAAGGAAGGUAUGAAAAAAUUAAAAGAAAAGAGCUCAGCAAGCAAAAAAAAAAAGGACCAUCAGAGAGAAUUCAGCACAGCCUCCAUGCCGAACAACAACCUCUGCCUGCUCAAACUGCAACUGAGUAUGCUUGUCCCAAAUAGGACUAUACAGCCAAUCUCACUAGGCAUCUAGGACUUUAAGUAAUCUAAGUAAUAUUCCAGGGUAGAUUCCAAUCCUUCUCAGACAGUGGUUUUUUUUGGCAACUUAGUAAAAAUCAGCAAAAUGAUCUACAAGUUAAUUAGUAAUGUAGGCAAAAUCAUAAAUUAAUUGUACAAAAAUAUCGAAUAUUGAUUUACCUUCAGAGUAUGCUCCUUUUUAUAUUGACCAAAUGGGCACAUCCAUCAUUUACAGUUCUUAUGUACUGAACAUGAUUGUAGGAUACAUAAUGCUUUACAGCCUUCAUAAUAUUCAUAUUGGGAUUUUGUGCAGGCCAAGCCAUGGAGUACAGUUUUGUUGCAGUAUGAAUCCAUACUUAUCAGGUUUUGUUAUUUAUGGAAUGACAUGAUUUAUAAGAACUUACUUGAACCUGUCAGCAGUUAAGGUGACAUCAAUUUUAUGUACACUUCGAACUCCACUGGAUGAGAUGCAGUCUAUAGUUAUGUUGGUACCCAGCAUGGUUUACUGUACAUUCACUGUCAUACCAUUUUCUUUUCUGCCACCAGAUGAACGAUCAUUGAUAGUUGUUAAAUGAAUUGAAUUUGUAUAGAGCAUCUUCAUCCAGUUUUACUCAUCCCAUUAUUUUAAGUUUGAUUCCAAUUUCAGCCUUCUGGUUGGGUUUAUCUGUUCUAAAUGGUGGUUUUUAAGCAGUUGCACAUCUGUCGAGACCACUUCAUGCUAAUGUACAUCUUACUGUUCUGAAGGUAAUGUUCACACUUGUACUUACAGCUUGGUCAUUCAUGAGAUCUGUGCUAAAUUGUGAUAUAUUAUAUAAAGAGUAUACCCUAAAUGAGCUACUUGACAUCAUUUUUGUAAAAUUUGGGUUUUUGUAUCUCAACUGCUUCUAUUAACAUUAGUACUAGUUUCAUAUAACUUCUUCAGAGUUUUCAUACUGCUUCUUCUGAAACAUGGAAUUUUACUUCAGCCUGUUGCAUGGCAUAACUUUCAUGAGCCAAAACUAAGUCAUGCAGCAUUUCUAUCCUUGGAAUCAAAAUUCUGAUAAGGUACUCUCCCUCCGCUCAAAAGAUUAGUUUUUCUCGUUUGGUGCUGAUGCUGCCCUCUGUAUGGAAACUUUUUCAGAAACACAUGCCACAAGCCUUCAUCAUCCCUUUGUUGGAAUCCAAAGUUCUAACAUGUCUCUCAUGUGAAUCAUCAUGCGCCACCUCUCCACCAAUAGGAUAGCACUACUAUCAUGUGACUUCCUCCACGUGCCACUACUGAACUAUCAUUUCUCGUUUGGCAGCUGUCGAGUUCAGACGUUCUUUCUUACAUUGUUCAGUUACAUUGAAGUGGUUUAUUUUUUCAUUUUUCAUAAUUUUACCACACUUCACAGUUGUGAAGUUAAUAUUUUUAUUAAAGCAUUACUUCCUCAUGUUUGCCGUUUUUUCCCGCAUGUGAAUUCCAAAGUUACAGUCAUCACUUCUGGUACUUCACCAGUGUCUGAUGCCGUAUUUUCAGCCAUGGGUGACCUGUUGGGGAAUAUAUCAUUGCUCAUUCGCCAACCUCUCUUGCCUACUUCUGCCCCAUCUCCUCCUGAGCCUUUUCAGUCAGGCCAGUCUGACGAUGAUUUUGAUCGUUUCCCACACAUUCCUGUUCACUACCUUAUGAUUUAGCUCGUCUGUCUUCAGACUUUAUCUCUCAGGUAUGUGAUGUUUUGUCUCUUACACUUGUUUCUUAUGGCCCUAGACCUUCCCUCUUACAUGAAACAACUUCCCGACCCUAUUUAGUCUUUCCCCCAUCCCCCAAUAUUAGGGUUAAUGCGGACCGAUUUGCUUCUCAAUAUGCCUUGUCUCCAUGGGCGUCAGAUCAGUCUGCUCUUGCUUUUCAUUGGGUAGACUUUCCCUUUCUUGACCAACAGUUGUUGGGGUUGGUUGUACUGGUUUGGGGGCAACCUUCAUCUCACCCUCACGAUCCUGUUAAGGUAUUUUUCCUCCCUUCACCUUCUAUCAGAGGCUCUUCACUGGAACCCUGGGGAGUUUUCUGCUGAAAUUCUCUACAUCCUUACUUCUACAUUGGCUCAUCUGUCAUCUUCAGCUCUCAACGUGGUUUGUUUGUUGUUAGGACCUCUUGGGUCAUGAUGAGGUUUGGCAUAGACUUAUCUCCAGGCAGCGUUAUGUGUUUGAUUUGGUUCCUGACACUUUGGAGCCAUGGGUGGCCUUGGCCAAUCAACAUCCUUUGUCACAAUCAGGGGCCAAGUGUGGCACUGGUUCCUCUCCCCUUUCCAUCCUUUUCCUGUCCCACACUACCUUUCACUUGACAACACAUCUACCAACAGAUGUUUGUCAGUUUGGGCCCUGUGGGGGCUUGUCUCUUGAAUUUCGUUCAUCGGUGGGAAUCUUUUCUUGCCGAUGUUUGGGUUCACAGAGUGCUCUCAGAGGUAUACAUUACCCUCUUUCUCUCUCUUCCUCCCUGUUGUCUUCCUUUCUCUUUGGGAUCCCUCGACACUCCAGUGUCUGUCAAAGGCAGUUCAGGAUCUCAUCACACAAGAGGCUAUCGAACCAGCUCCACCAGGUUCAUGGGAGUUUUACUCCAACCUGUUAGUGGUUCCCAAGAAGACCAGAGACUGGCAUCCUGUCAUCGAUUUAUCCCAUCUCAAUCCAUAUGUUCAAACUCCUUGCUUUACCAUGGAGACAUACAUUUCUCUUUGGUGGGUAUUUUCUCCAGGUCUUUAGUUGAUCAAGUGGAUGUUUCCAAUGCUUAACUGCACAUUCCUGAGGCAGAGUAUUCAUGUCCAUAUCUUCAGUUUGUAAAUCAGGGGGUUGUGUACCAGUUUGCCGUCUUACCUUUUGGCCUAGCCUCAGCACCAUGCUUGUUUUGUUGUGUGAUAUGCUCCUUUGCUUGGCAUAUUCAUGCCGUUGGGCUGCACUUCCAUUUUUAUAUGAACGAAUGGCUUCUUUUUGCUCAUUCUGAACAGUAAUUGGCCUGUCACACUUCCUGGCUGAAGCUGCAUUGGUGGGCUGGUUGGUCAAAUUGGAGAAGUCUUUCCUUCAUCUUACCCAAUACCUUAUCCAUUUGGGUGUUUUCUUCAACAUCCAUCUCAGUCGGGCCCAACUUUCUCCUCUUUUGCCCCAUUCUUUGGAAUGGGCCAAUUGGAAAGCCCUGUCUGUUCCCUCACUUACAGGUUCUAUUGCUUUUGGAGAUGUGGUCCUCCAUGACCCACAUGUGAUUUCUUCAAUAAGUCCUUCACAAUCAAUGGAACCUUGCCUGGGAUCCCGUGGAUACUUUUAUAUUCCUUCCCUCAUUUCUUGUAGACAAUCUCCAUUGGUGGUUGAACAGAGUACACAUGUUGGCAGGGGUACCAUUUCCUCCUCUGGGGUCAGAUUUACAUCUGUUGACAGAUGCAUCCUUUCAGGGUUGGGGUGCCUGGGUGAAUCACCAGGAGGUUUUGGGUCAUUGGUCUGUGGAGGAGAGUUCUCUUCACAUCAAUGUUCUUGAACUCCUGGCUGUUUGUUGGGCUUUGGAUCACUUUCUUUCUUUUGACAGUGGUGGCUUAUAUCAAUCUCUAAGGUGGCACAAGAUCCAGAUCCCUGUGUUUUUGCACCAUAAAUCUUCUUUAUUGGGCUCAUACACAUUGAAUUUGUUUAAUGGCAUGUUAUGUUCUGGGUGCUUUCAAUCUUGUAGUGGUAGGAGACUAGUAGUGGUUGGUGUUGAGGGACACUCAUACCAACCCCCAUCAUGAAAGUUCCUACAGCAAGGUGUAAAAUGCCAAGCACACACAGUGUCUAUGUGACAGGAAAGCUGGAGGGCCAAAGGUGCAACUUUGUCAUAGAUUCCGCAUCUCAGCAAACCCUUGUGACCAUCAAGGUAUUAGAUCAUGAAAGAGUAUCAGAAGCCAUACAGAAGCUUUAUGGUGUGACAGGACAUUCUACAAGAUUGUGGGGACCAAUGUGGGUAACUAUUGA